AUUUGUUUAUGAUGGAAAGUUCUACAGACUACCUGUUGGAUUUUUGUUAAUUUUCUGGAUUAUACUCACUUUUAUACCACUUGAUAACACGACACCACAACAAAGGCAAUUUGUUGAUUCUCCAGGAAGACAAAGAUGCCUAGAGGAAGGGCUAAAAGGACGAGAAUAGAUGAUAAUGGAGUUAAACAUCAUAUUCCAAUGACCAAUGCUGAAAGACUGGCAGAAGCCAAGAGGGCCGCUAAGGGCCGUAGGGACCUGGAGGUUGAUGCUUUUAAAACACUCUGCCAUGCUCUCCCAUAUUCAAAUGAAUCGUUGUCCAAACUUGAUAAAUCAUCCCUGCUGCGAUUGACUGCUAACUACAUCACCAUGAAGCAGAUUGUCCAAUCAGGAACUAAAAACCUGAAUGAUGAAAGCCAGAUGAAAGCUAUUGAAAGUGGGGAGGAAGAUCGGCAAAGUGCUCUGGCUAUUUCAACAUCCCCUGCCCCUGCAUUUAUAGAUGAACUAAAUCAACCUGAGGGGAUACGGGAAGGAGAGAUGAUGCUGGAGGCUCUAAAUGCUUUCGUUAUAUUCGUCACGAAGAAAGGCAAUGUUCUGUACGUCUCCCCAAAUGUGAAGGAGCAUAUAGGAUUUGAGCAGAUUGAUUUACUCAACAAAAACAUUGAAAGUUACAUCCAUCCAGAGGAUUUUCCGCUAUUCUGCAAACAAUUUAACUUCCAUUCUCCAAUCAAAGGACCAUCUAUAAGUGAGAUAUCACAGGGAGAUAAUUCACCGAAAGAGCCACCCUUAGCCAGUAGUACAGGUGAUGCUCUCGAGCGGCAGUUUUAUAUCCGCAUGAAAAGCUGUUUCAGAAAGCCUGGGAACAAGACAUUUCAGAAGACCUACGUGUAUGUACACUGGAAUGGUCGGCUGAAGAUGAAAAAUGAGUACAAGGCUAGUGGAAUAUCGUGUAUCUGUCGUCCCUUGCAGCCAGUCCCUCUACUUGAGGUUAGAAUGGAUGGGACAAUGUGGAUGAGUCGACACUCGAUGGAUAUGAAAAUACUCUCAUGUGACGCUAAAGUAUCAAGUUUGAUGGGUUACGGAGUUGACGAUCUCGUUGGGAAGUCUGUGUUCCAGUUUCACAAUGUCUUCGAUAUGAAGAAAUGUUACGAGUGCCAUAAAGGAUUGAUGGAGAAGGGAACUGGGAUGAGCAAGUACUACAGAUUUGCUGGACGCAACACUGACUGGGUCUGGACACAAACCAGAGCAACCCUGAUCUACCAGGCCAAUAACCAGCCCCAGUACAUUGUCUGUAUGAACCAGAUUAUAGGUCUUGAAGAAGGAAAUCGCUAUCUUGCAGAGGAAGAAGCUACAGAUCUUGAAGAAAUUAAACAAUUCACAAAAGGCGUCCUUGGAGCUAAUGAUGAAAUCAAAGAUGUAUCCCUUAAUAAGUCAGCCAUAAUGACGGAAACUGAUGUGCACUCAAAGCGUGAAAGUACGAAACAAAAUGGCCACCAUAAAUCCAUCACUGAGGUUAAAUCUCCAGUGACGUCAGAUAUAAAUUUGGAUGGCUCUCCAGAUAUAAUUCCACUGGAGGACGUUUCAGUGCCGCUGGUGCCGCCAAUCGUAAAUCAGAGUAUGGGCAAACUGCAAGCGCCAUCUAUGUUGGAGUUAUUAGAAGCUGUAUCUCCAACUGGCAGUUUUCAUUCAGAUUCAGCUUAUAGUUCCCAAUCACCCUCAAGUGGGGGUGGAUUAUCACCUCAACAUAAUUUUGGCCUCUUGUCGACCUCCAGCUGGGAUGGAUUAUCGCCCAAUGGUAAUGGAGGUGUCUCUAGUCCCACCACCCCUCCUAAUUCUUCUCAGCAGAGCCCUGAUGGUGAUCCCACGCUACCCCUGGACUCUCUUCAACAGGCUCUAGCUAUGGACAUAGGAAAUAGCAAUGUUACAAAUAUACCUGAUGAUAUUCUUAGCUUUGCUCUAGGCUUAAAUGAAGACCAAUUGAUUCAAGCAGCCACAUUGGAAGGUCAAUCUCAAAGUGAUGACUUCUCACACCUUACAAAUGAUAUGAUCUCAAACAAUGGCAUUCUCAGUAUGGAAACAAACACUGACAAUUUCACUAACUUCUCAAUCCAAGAUUGUAUGGUUAACCCUAUUAAUGCUGAACUUGGUAAUGAUGUAAUCUCAUCUUUGAAUGGUAGGGUUAAAUCAAUGGCUACAAAUUUUGAGCCAAAUGACCAUUCAUACACGACACUAAGGGGCCCACAGACCCCUUCUAAACACAAAAAGUCUCAGGGUAGCUAUGUUACAAGUAAAGUCAAUAAUUUAGGAAAGAAAAAUGCCAAUAAUCAGAGCAAAAAUGUCAAUAGUCAAAAUGGCAAAAAUGUUCAAGGACAAAAUGGCGGAAAUCAGUCUAGUGAACUUAUGAGCCUUUUAACGAAGCCUGACUCACCAAAGAAUGCGAAAAUGUCAGAAUUGGAAAAAUAUCUCCGUAGCGAGAAUCCAUUGAAACUUCAUGAGAAGGAACAACAGGCACCGUUGCUAAGACAACUAUUAGAAGGCUCAAUCACUGGCAGAGACGCUCAUCAGAAUCAACUCUGACAUUAAAAAUAUUAAAAUAGGACAAAUUUUAAGCAAGUAGCAUAUAUUGCUAUAUUGUAAAUGCUUUGGGUAAUUACAGCUGCUUGUAUGAUGUGGAUAUCCUCAUCCUCCAAACAUAGGUUUCAAGAACUCAUAACUUCCAAAGAAGGGUUAGGAACCCAGUGGAGACCUGCACUUGGAGGAUGGAAUAUUCUAGAUUCUACCAAAAAAUGAUGGUGUCCUGAGGAAUUUGUGUGCUGUAGAUUAAAUUUAAUUUUCUCAUGAUAUAUAUAAUAUAAUGUAUAUCUGAAAAUCUCAUUUAUGAUAUAAGUAAUGCUUUGUAAAUUCAAGAGCUUUAAGCCAAAUCGUUAUGUUUAUUGUCACCACUAAAAGUGGUGACA